AUGGCACCUCCCUCGUCGCCUACGGACCACCACAUCGUGGCCCUGCAGGGCGAUUUUAUCAGAAUCCCCAAGUUCGAAUUACCCGCUCCUUAUACUCACACCACAACAAUCUACGGACAGACAUCGCUCUCCGAAAUCCACGAACGGGUACACGAUGCCUCUAUCUUAGUUCUAUCGGCGCUGCGAAUUGAUGCAGAGGCGCUAACUCCCGAGGUGACCCCGUAUCUGAAAUUGAUCGUGAUAGUUGCUGCAGGCAGCGACUGCGUGGAUCUCGAAGCAUGCAGAAAGAGGGGCAUUACUGUGAGCAACUGUCCUGCAGCAAACACCGAAGCUGUCUCCGAGCAUGCAAUUGGACUUUACUUUUCUGUACGCCGCAGAGUUAUGCGCGCGCACACAUUGACCCGCGCGGGCGAAUGGACCCGGAAGAAGACCCUCGUCUUCGAUUGUGUGAAUCACGAUGGAACGCAACCCCUGACCUGCCAGGAGGAGGUGGCCGGAAUUAUCGGAAAUGGCGCUGUCGGAAAGCGGAUCGCCCAAUUAGCCCGUGGGCUGGGUAUGAAGGUUAUUAUCGCAGGGCGCAAAGCACUUGGUGAUGCGAGCACACCGAAUCACGCAAACGACAAUGUGGAGAGGGUUUCCUUCGACGAGGUGAUUAGGCAGAGCACAGUGAUCUUCAUUGCAGUUCCCCUUGCUCCUUCGACGCGAAAUCUGCUAUCGACGGCUGAAUUCGAGGCCAUGUCACCUCAUGCGGUUUUGGUCAAUGUCUCGAGGGGAGGAGUGAUGGAUGAAGUGGCACUUGUCCGAGCAUUGCAGGAGAACCGCAUCACCGGUGCUGCAACUGAUGUGUUUGAGAAGGAACCUGCUGGGCUGGAGAACAGUGCUCUGCUGGCUGAAGGCACUGAGGAUCUGAAUCUGGUUCUGACACCUCAUAUUGCAUGGGCCACACAGAAGACGUUGAUCAACUAUGAGCAGAAAUUGAAGGAGACGGUGGAGAAGUGGAUGGUGGGGGAAUUCAUGAACGUAGUGACAUGA